UAAACAAUUAAUUGAAACAGCUGCGUUUGUUUUUAAAUAUAAUCGUAUAAUCUUUUACAAAUACAGCAAAAUUAACAUAUUUAAUAUCAUGAUAUACACAGGAGCACAACUUCAUGUAUUUAUUAUGGUCUAAAGUUUUGUGAAAUUAAGGUACAAUUAAUGACGUUUUCCUGAAGUUUUUAAAUUAUUUUUAUUAUGGCUCUCAGACCAUUUUUACACUUAGGUGAUAAUGUAUAUAAAUGCGUUUUUACAUUUGUACAGCUUAAACCUAAAAUAUAUGUGGCUCAAAAAUAUGCACAAAUUAGGAAUUUCAGUAAGCUAAGGGACAAAACAAGAUUAUCGAAAAACUUUCAGAAACAUAAAAAUGGACAUGUUGUCAAAAUAUGGAAACCACUUACCUUUACAGUUAUGUUUAGUGGAGCAACAUUUAUUGGUGCUGUCAUUUGGGAAUAUGAGAGUAUCAGAGAACGAACCCAUAGGAUGAUCAGAAAUUACAGACAAUGGGGAAUACAUAAAACAGGAUGGAGACGAGAAAUGGAGGUUUGGUGGAAUAGUUUGUCAGAAGGAGAAAAGAUAUUUUUUCCUAUAUGUUUUUUGAAUGUCAUAGUGUUUUUAUCAUGGCAUGUACCGGCAUUUCGAGUAACGAUGAAUCGAUAUUUUUGUAGUAAUCCUGCAUCUAGUGUCUUAUGUUGGCCAUUACUUCUAUCUACAUUUUCUCACUUUUCUGUUCUUCAUUUAAUGGCCAACAUGUAUGUAUUAUACAACUUCUCUACUAUUGCUGUAAAGAAAUUGGGUAAAGAGCAGUUUGUGGCACUUUAUUUAACUAGUGGAGUGGUAGCUAGUUUUUCAAGUUAUUUGUACAAAGUUAUGAUUGGUUUACAAAAUCCUUCGUUAGGAGCUUCAGGAGCAGUAAUGGGCAUUCUUGGAUAUGUUUGUACUGAAUUUCCAAAUACAUACCUCUCUAUUAUUUUUCUUCCUAUGAUUAAAUUUACAGCAAGUACGGCCAUUAAAACAAUGAUGGGAGUAGAUACAUUGGGAUGCCUCUUACGUUGGCAGCGUCUCGAUCAUGCAGCUCAUUUGGGUGGAGUAAUAUUUGGGAUAUUUUGGCAAGUAUGGGGUAAUGCUAAUAUAUGGCAAAAACGCGAACCAGUAUUAAUGUUUUGGCAUCAACUUCGUGAUCAAUCAAAAUCUCGUUAAAACUACUUUGUUAUUCAAUUGAUGUUAUUGUAUCAAUUUUAUCGAAGAUUUAAAGAAUCGGGGAAAAUCAAUUAAAGUAAGUAUAAAUUAUAUAAGAAAAAAAUAAAUUUGUCUUUCAUAAAUAUUUAAAUAAUAAAAAGAGAAACAACAGAACGAUUGCUUAAUAUUUCAUAGCAUCAGUUUAUUUAAAUCGAGUUAAAUAUUUUUGUACCCUCAUUAAUAUGAUUAUUUUCAUUAUAUAAAGUGUUAUUAAAAAUUUGUUUUUAAUAUACAAAAAAUAGAAGAACAUACAUUAAAUUAACUUUUAAGGUAUUUUACAUGAUGCUUAAUAUGAUCUUCAAUAAAUGUAGCUAUGAAAAAAUA